AGUUUCCGCUUUUGAACUCCCAGCUGAACGCUGAUGAACGCGCCGCAGUGGAGAGUUUCUUUGAUCUCCUCAAUUGCGAAGCGUUACCUUCAGCAAAUGUGACCGAACAAAUUGAGGACUACGCUGGUUGACAUCAGCGGUAUGGUUGCUGCUGAGUUUCUUGGCGGAGAUGUGACGUCUCCGCCAGGCAUUGAGAAAACCGGCGACAUUAUGGUGCUAACGGAGGCAUCGGAGCCUGGGGAUAUGGAACUUCGGUCACAGCAUCCAGAUGCUAUGGUAGAAUCAUGCAACUCAAUCGAACCGACCCCUGCCACGGAGAUCCAAAGUGGUUUUGAGAACGUAACCUUGGAGAAUGUCGAACAUCAUUUUCCUUCUGCUGCGCCCACCUCCACAGUCGGUGGCUCUCUUGAGGAACAACUUGAUAAACCCAACGACGAGCCUAUCUGUAUUGUUGUGGAGAUGGAAGCUACUACUCCUAUUUAUCGUGGAAUGAGUGAAGGGAUCGAGGUAGCAUCUUUUGCCGGGGAUGUGUGUGAUCUCGAUGGCGAAUAUGUAGUUGAGGAACCUCCUACUACAGAAGCGUCGGUGGAGCCGGAGGUUCAGGCCGCUGACCUAGUCAACAUGGUGGCGGAGACUGUUCCUGUCACAGCGAAAUCUGCUUCUGCGGAACCAUCCUCAUUUGACAAUCACAACGUCUCGGUCUUCCCAAUGCCCAUAUUUUGUGAUCCUUCCGUGUCAGACCCUAUCAUCUCUUCCGGGACCAAGCAUUCGCGACUGACUCCUCCACCUUUGGACAAACUUCCGGGUACCCCUCACAUCAUCAUCAGCCCGGACUCCACACCAGGCCAACCCACUCCAGUCUCAGUACCCGUCUCCACGUCAAUUUUGCACACUUUCUCUCGUCGGGAAUCGCCAUCUGAAGGCAGCAGCGGUCCAAGUGGUCUUUUCACGCCUCGGGAGGGCGAGCCGACUAGUGUGGAUACAGGUGAUGUCUUUGGCACUCCUUCUCCCUCUCAUGCAGACAUACCGCUUCCGUCUUCUGACGAUGUCGUGGCCUCCGUUACGAGCGCUCUAGCAGAAGAGUCGCGAUCUGAAAUUGACACCACCACGAUCGAUGUUUCCGACAACGUCGUAGUUACUGGACCAAGUCCAGCCGGGACAUUUACUAGUAAUCAAGAAGAUGAUAAAUCUGAACUCGUAGAAGUUAUGCAGCUUGGCGUAUCCCAUCCUUCGUCCGUCGGUGCUGGUGCAGAGAAUGAAACCGAACAACCACCAACGAAGCCUGCCGCUGGACACCGCUCAGUAGUGGAGGACAUUGCAGUAGCUUCGCUAGAAUCCGAGGAAGUUCAGCAGGUAGACAGAAGCACUCUGCCGACAGCAGUAGAUCAAACACCUUCAGCAGAUCAUGAUCAUGAUCCCCCUGAAGAGGCUCCAGCUGAAGCUCUCCCCGCAGAGGUUGUCGGAUCUGCGAACUCCCGCCUACCCAGUCCUCUGUCAGAACAAGAAUCAUUGCCAUCAUUUGCACCUGGCCGUCAGGUAUCACCAGAAUCUGUUCGUGAACCUGGCCAAGACGACAGCCAGGAGUACACUGAUUCCAAAUAUGGAUUGGAACACUUUACUAAUGUCCCGGACACACCGCACGAGUUUCCUGGCGCCCAUGAACCCGAGGAGUCUGGAGAUGCUGAAGACCGAGAAUCUCAAAUGAAGCCCUCGAAGCGGAAGAGAAUGUCACCAGUACAAACUUCCAGUCGUCUCACUCGUUCAAUGUCGAGCGUACACAAGAACUCUCAAAGAGAUCACAAAGCAGCGCGGAUUGUGCCAGGUCGCGGCCGGAAGCGGAAGCUCCUCGAUAGCGGUAGCGAUCAUGGCUCAGCAAGCUCUGGCGCUAGUACCACCGCCAAACUGCUCCAAUUCACUAGCGCUAAUGGGUCACGGGCUUCUUCUAUCGUGUCCUCUGCACCAAGUGAUUCCUCUUCAAUCCAACAUCCUCCGCCGCUCUUCCAUGCACAUGGUGCCAUGCAUCACCGUCAUCGGCUGCCACCUCUACCUUCUGCGUCAGUCCGGACUCACAGCACCAAGAUCGCAUCCCCAGACCCUUCCCAUAACCCUGAGCGCCAAAAGGAUUACUCUUCGGGUUCGACUCUGUCACGUGCCCCCUCUUCCAACGUUCAGCGUUUUGCUGCGUUGACAAGUUCACCCGUCACUCGCUCUAACUGUCGAUUCCACAAAGUCAGUCUACCUAAAGAGGAAGGUGGGCCAAGAGUAUGCUUCGUGGUACCCGGUUGCUCUCUUGGUGACAAAGAGCUGAUGGACGAAGAGGAGAUACAGGAUCAUGGCCCCGCAACUCAUGAGGACUAUUCUCGCUUGGUGGGCAAUAUUGAGGCCUUGGACUUCAAUCCGUAUCUGAUCGGCAUCUUGCGGCAACUAGUCGGAGUGGACCUGAUUCGGGAAAACGAGGUGUUCUUCCUGCUCCAACCCGGAGAGGAAGCACAAUACAAGAAGAAGAAAGGCCGAAAAUCGACCGCAGGAUUGAAGCCUCCCGCACCCCUGUCACAGAGUGCUACCACCUCGCCACAAGUUUCGGUGGCGUCUCGGCGUUCACCAAUGACAACGAUCUCGCGGCCACCCGUUUCCACCGCAGGAUCAAUCGCGACAUCAUUUAGUUCGUCCUUGUCUGAGAUGCAGCUAUACAGUACAUCUUCAUUAUUCUCGGCGUCAGGUGGAGAGUCGUCGGAUGAAGAAGGCAGUUCUCCUAAACUUAAACGUCGACGAAAGGAAUCUGUUCCUGAUAAAGAAACCCGUGCCGACGUAGAAGGGGGCAACUUCCCUCAAGAUCCACUAUCGAAAAAUCCGCAGCGAUCGACCCAUAUCCUGAAACGGAGACAAAGCAAACGACAAGUUGUAGAUUCAGCUGCAUACAAGCCUCAUACAGAAGAUGUAGAGGGCCCUGAUAGCGGAGCAGACGGAUUAGGCAAGGAUCGUCGCAAGAUGAAAAAGAUCAGACGGAACAAACGGUCUCAUGUAGCAGAUGAAGAACAAGACUCGCAAGCCAAGAGACAGAAGCAGCUCCCCACUGAAUGAAAGCAUUUCGGUAUCUUUAUGUUCAUAUUUUGUCCUCGCCACGCAUCCAUCUUCAUUUGUAUCUAUAGUGCACUUCUUGGUAUCUCCGUUCAAUCGCAUGUUCAGAGCUGUCCAAUGACCUUCCGGGUGGAGCGAAUG